ACAUUGUAUAGUGUAAACGUUUAAAUAAGUUAUUAUUAUUACAAUAAUAAUAUCCUUUAUGUGACAGAGUUAUAUUAACUAUAAUUGUUUUAUUUGUUAUAAUUUAUUUCUGAGGUAUCAUGUUUUAUUUGGUAAUUGUAAAGUUGUUUCAUGUUUAAAACUAUUUAGAUCGGGAUCAAUUACCUAAUUUUAAUCUAUGACACCAUUGUCUUAAUUUACAGCCAAUCAGCGUGGCUUCUCCUAAUCACGUGACCAUUGUUUUAUUUUUUACCAAAGGAGAAAGCCACAUAAAUUUACAAGGAAAUUUUUUAUCGAAAAAAAGUAUUUCCAGUUUGUUUCAAGCAACUUAGGUGCGCGAUCCGGUUUGAACCGGUUUGGGGAGAACUUGUGUCACAACAUGGAAGAGCCGAAUUUCCUCAGGAUUUGUUUACUUGGACAUUCGUUUGUAACUCGUUUACGGCGAUAUAUGGACUCGCAUCCAGAUUUAAUGAACUUAAAGUUGCAUCAGGAUUUUUACAGUGUUUCAGUGCGGGCCCGUGGUGGUCUACGGAUCUCGAGCAUCGCUCGUUCCAGAGAAUUCUUGACUUUUGAUAUAUUGCCGCACGUGUGUUUUAUGCAGAUUGGGGAAAACGACAUUCUUUUGCAUAACAAUGAAGUGAUUGUACAUGACAUUCUAUCUUUAGCAUCGUAUCUACAUUCCGGAAUAGGCAUACAAACAGUUAUUGUGGGUCAACUUCUGCGCCGCCAACCUUGGGCCUCGUCACCGGACUUCAACGAACGCAUCAUCGCCAUCAAUAUCAUGCUCCGAGAACAGUGCUCAAACAUUUCCGGUGUGCAUUUCUGGCCUCAUAGAGGCUUCUGGACAGAUUUGACAUUUCUGUGACAGGAUAGGGUACAUCUCCGAUGCCCCUCCCAGUCAUCCCAUGUUGUGACCACCUCUUCUAUGCACCGGUUUUGGCGAAGUGUUCGCUCAGCUAUCUUACAGCAUAGGCACAUUUCAGGCCAGUAUCAUUCUGCUUAAAUUUGCUAGUCUGACCUUGGUUUCAAUUGCUUUACAUAUACAUAGCAAAAUAUUAUAACUAAGUAUAAACAGUGAUUUACUUGAUAUGUCCUGUUGAUUAAGAAUUCACCCCCAUAUUCGGUGAUUUACUUACAAGUCAUUGGGUGCAUGCAUUGCAUUUGUUUAUGUCAUAGACUUUAAAUUUUAUUGCUGUAGUUGCCUUAUAUAACUGAUACAUGAUGAUGAUUAGUCAGUUAGUUUGUUUUGGAGUAAAUUUAAUUCAGCUUUAUAGAUAAACUUGAUUGAAGUAGGCAUUUAUUUACUCCUGUAUAUACACUUUGUAAGCAACUUCUCUUUGUAUUGUGGGACCAUACACAUUACGAAAUGCUUACUUUGGAUGUUGCGGGACCAUACGCUUCAUCUUGUACAAGUGUAUUGUUGUAUGUGCAUUUUCCUUUGGUGCGGGACCAUACCACCUAAGACAUGCCUAUUUGGUUGUUGUAUUGUGGGGCCAUACACGUUACACAACUGUUUUCAUGUACACUAUUUCGCAGUUGAUUAUGUGGUGAUGUUGCGGGACCAUACGCAUUAUCAUUUUAUGACUGCACAUGUAUUGAUUGUUUGUUACAGUUUAAUGUUGCGGGGCCAUACGCAACAACAUGCUUAUAUGAUAUAAACUAUUUCAUUUUCAUAUGCACUUUUUCCUCUAUGAAGGAUCAAGCACACUUUAUUUCAAUAUUUGUUCAUGUUGGUCUUAAUCGUGUGUAUCAUCCACAUAUGACAUUACUGUUUACUGAGCUAUAUUUCUGUAAAUGGAUAUAUUCAUAUCCAACUGUUGUGGGACCACACGCAACAUCUACCUAAAAUAUUUCUAUGAAGGAUAGCUUCUUGUCUUUGUAUUAGUUUGUAAUCUUCUACUAUGUUUAACUAGCUGAAAAAUAAUAUCUUAAAAUUGGGUCAGACUAGCUUUAAAUUCUCCUUUGGUGUUGUUCUAUUUUCAGCAUUUAUAUUAUUGGGUAUGAUAAUAACAUUUAUAUAAUGUUUAUCCCUUACCCUCUCAUUAAUCAAAAUUAAUAUUUUGCAGUAUUGAAGCUGUUUAUUUUUUACAUUUGUAAUGUGUCCAUGGUCACAUGUAUCUAAUGCUAUAUAUAAAUAUAUACAUGUGUAUGUAAAAAUUUAUAAAGUUGUUCUGCUGGGGCUGUUUGGACAUUUUAGAAUUAUUUCAUUGAAUAAUUUUUAAUUGCUUUCAUUAUACUUUAUUGUUCAGGUGUACAGCCAUGCCUCCAAAGAGGGGACAAAAGUCCGCAACUACCACAACAACCAAGAGGCGGAAGGCAAUCCAAUUCACAGAUGUAACUCAAGCCGCACCACUACAACUGCCACCUGUGGAACCACCUGCGCAAAAUGAAAUCUUAAAUAUUGACUAUGACAAGUUAGCUGCAACUAUUCUAAAGCAAUCACAUGCACACAAUGGACUAAGUCUUCAACCUCAAGAGGCCCCUUCAGUGCCAGCAGCUACUUCUCAUUCAUCUGAAACAUUACCAAAAUCUACAGCAGAUCCACAAUCAUCUUCAGUACCAGGUCCUUCAUCUCAACAACCUUCAGCUCAGCAACCUUCAACUCAGCAACUUUCAGCUCAGCAACCUUCAGCUCAGCAGCCAACAAGCAGUGUGUCAAGUUCAACACCAGUCUUGGGGACUCUGUUAGAUCAAGUUUUUGCAGGUGAGCCAGCAAGGGCUUCUGAUCUUCCUUACUCAUCUACUAUCGUUAGUGAUGGCAUUCCCCUUGGGUCUUCAGUUUCUAGCAAACUUAAGUCAAAAAUUUGGAAUAAUGAAUUCAUUGAUUUCCAAUCCCUGCAAAAUACAAGAGAAGAACCUUUGAGUGUUUCAAUUUCCACGGGGGUCAUCAAAUUACACCAAAGUCCAAAAUUUAAAAGCCCCAUAUCUAUCUCUCAAUGGACAGAUGCAUUCUUUGUGUUUUCGGCAGUUUACAUAGAAAAAUACCCUGCUGAAGCCCCCAAUCUUUUAAAAUAUGGGCACAUGGUAAGAGAAAUUCAACAACUUCAUGGGGACAAUGCAUUUCGCUCAUACGAUGAGCAGUUUAGGAAACUUAAAGAGAGUGUUAAUGUACCAUGGCAACAACCUAUUCAGGAGUUAAGGCUGAAGGCAGCCACACUAUCAAAAGCUUUCCCUGUCAAACAAUCCAACAAUCAAACCCAGCCCUUUCGAGUUAGGUUUUGUUUCCAAUACAAUAGAGGAGAACGUUGUAGUAAAAACCCCUGCCCCUUUCGGCACACCUGCAUGCAAUGUAAAGGAUACCACCCCAAGUCUAAAUGCACGGAUUCAACCAAAUCCAGCAUGCAGAAUUCCCAACCAAGAGCUCCCAACUCCAAUCAAAAUAAAAAAUCUACUUGAAAUUCUGCAAGGCUAUGACAAAGACAAACUCUCAGUUAUCAAAAAUGGAUUCACCUAUGGUUUUCACUUAGGCUGUAAAGGCAUGCCAGUUUCAACAAUAUCUAGGAAUCAUAGAAGUGCACUCGAACAUCCUUCUGUUAUUCAGGAAUUUAUUAAUUGUGGUAUAGAAUCGGGGCGAAUAGCUGGGCCCUUCCCCUCUCCACCAUUUCCCCAGUUUGUUUCUUCUCCUUUAGGUGUUGUACCUAAAUCAGAACCUGGUAAAUUCCGUGUAAUCCAUGAUCUCUCUUUCCCAAAACAUAACUCUGUAAAUUUUAUGAUACCUGAGGAAAAUUCAAAAGUGAAGUAUGACUCUUUAGAUGUUGUAACAGACCUACUUAGAGAAUUUGGUCACGGCGCAUUAAUGGCUAAAACAGACAUUCAGGAUGCCUUCCGCAUAAUUCCAAUUCAUCCUGAUGAUUACAAACUCUUAGGAUUUUCUUGGAACAAUAGGUUCUACCAUGAUAAGUGUCUACCAAUGGGUGCAAGUAGUUCGUGUCAGAUCUUUGAAUGUCUUAGUAGCAGUUUGCAUUGGGUAAUGUGCGAAAAAUUUUCUGCCUCUGGAAUGUCUCAUAUGUUGGAUGAUUUUUUCUUUAUCGGUCCAAAGGGUUCCUCUAAAUGUCAAGCUGAUUUAGAGAAGUUCUUGUCUAUUUGUGAACAAUCGGGCAUACCAAUCAAAGAAGAAAAAACAGUUACUCCCACCACUGUUAUAACCAUAUAUGGGAUUGAGAUUGACUCUAAUACAUUGUUAUGUCGUUUGCCUGAAGCUAAACUUAACAAAGUCAGAGACAGUUUACAAGCCGCAAAAUGUAGGAAGAAAAUAACUUUACAUGACCUACAAUCUUUGAUAGGUUUGCUAAAUUUUGCGUGUUUAGUUGUUGUUCCAGGGCGAACCUUUUUGCGGCGCCUCAUUGACUUAACGUGUGGGGUCUCUAACCCUAAUCAUUACAUCCGCUUGACAUGUGAGGCUAGGGCAGACUUGCAUAUGUGGUCACAUUUUAUAGAAUCUUAUAAUGGCAGGUCAGUUAUACUUCCCGAUGUUUGGUCGUCUUCUGAUAAAGAAAUGUUAUUUACUGAUGCUUCAGGCUCAUUAGGUUUUGCAGCAGUUUUGGGGACCAGUUGGUUUGCUUUAAGUUGGGAGGAAGUUCUAGAUUUAGCACAAUAUCAGAUAGCGAUAAAAGAACUGUUUCCCAUCGUGUUAGCACUGGAAAUUUGGGGUCCUGCUUUAGCUAACAAAAAGAUCCUAUUCAUGACUGACAACAUGGCCAUAGUACACACCAUUAAUAAACAAACUUGUAAAGACAAAAUUCUUAUGAAGUUGAUCCGCAGAUUAGUUCUAACAGCACUUUCCCACAACAUCCUUUUUAGAGCGAAACAUAUUGCAGGCAAGUCAAAUACUCUGGCUGAUCAUCUUUCACGCUUUAAAUUGCAGGAAGCCUUCCAGAUAGCUCCUCAUCUCAGUCCAGUACAGACAGAAGUUCCAAAGGACCUCUUAACAAUUUGAAUCCAGUUUGCCUGAAACUACUAGAAUCGUCUCUGUCAUCAUCAACCUCUAAAGCUUAUCGCCGAAGUUGGAAUUUGCUCCUUACGUGGAACCCUCAUAUCUCUCUUCCAAUGUCUGUGACAGAUGUUUGUAACUUUAUAGGUCAUCUAUUUCUUCAAAAUUACUCACCCAGUACAAUUUUUUCCCACAUAUCAGCUAUCAGUUUUAUGCAUAAAUUAUGUAGUAUCCCAGACCCUACUCAAGCCUUUGUGACCAAGAAAAUUCUUAAAGGGUGUCAGGCAGUAGGCUCAAAAAGAGACACACGCUUGCCUAUCACAGCACCGAUCUUACAAAAACUCAUUGUAGCUCUAGAACACACUGUGUCUCAAUACUCACUCAGACUCCUGUUGCGAGCACUUUUCUUGUUAGCUUUUCAUGCUUUUCUCAGAUUAGGUGAGAUAACAGCAAAAUCAAUGAAUGCUGUAAAUGGUGUUUUACAAAGGUCAGAUAUCACAUUCAAGCAAGAAAAUAAUCUAUUAGAGGGAGUUCAAAUAGUUAUGAGAGAUUAUAAAACAAACAAACAUCAUGUCCCAAUAAUCAUUUCCUUACAAGCUUGUCCCAAUUCCCUUUACUGUCCCGUUCAGGCAUUGUAUAAAUACCUUGCCUUGUAUAAACAUUCAUCCGGUCCACUGUUCCAGACCAUGGAUGGCUUGCCAAUUACUUACUCGGUUGUUACUUCACACCUCAAAGCAGCAAUUCAGUUUAUUGGAUUAAGUCCAGAUCAAUUUAAGGGACACAGUUUCAGAAUUGGGGCAGCAAAACAUGCAGCCUCACUUGGUUUCUCAGACAAUGUCAUUCAGAAGCUUGGAAGGUGGAAUUCUGAUGCUUUCAAACACUACAUCCGUAUUCAGUCUUUUCAUAUAUAGCUAAUUGUACAAGUUCAGAUUUCAGUGCAUAUCCCUGUGUUAGUUCCCCAUAUCGAUAGGUUUUAAAACUUUAAGACAGUUCAGAAGUAUUCUGCUGUCACAAAUAACCACAUAGACUUUGAAGAGCAGAGGAAAGUUGUCUGCUGCUCAUAUUCGGAUCAGUCAUAUUAUAGGAGACAGUUCAGAAGUUUUCUGCUGUAUUUUAUUCCCAGUUCCUAUCCAUAAUUUUUUAGGAAUACACGGCAGUUCAGAAGUCUUCUGCUGCCUAAAAGUUAUUAUUCAGCAUGUAAGUUCAGAAGUCUUCUGCUGACAUAUUUUUCAGUCUUUUUAUAUUUGUACAUAUCAUCGUAGGUAUAUAGUCAUAGGCAUAGGAUAUAGUCAUUUUUUAAAGGGCAUAUUGAAUAUAGUUUCCUUGCUGGCCACCACAUGCUCUCAAUGUCAAAUAACAAAAUGUUUUAUAUUGAACUAUUGUUCAUUACCUAGGGUUGUAUUAUAUUGUCAUUUUUGAUACUCAUGCGUUUCUUUUCUAAUUUAUUAUUUGACAUGAACGUUAAAUGUACUAUAAACAAUCGUCUCAAAUUAUAAAUUGCGCCUUGCCAAGUCGCCUUGGGUGGGUGGAUCCAAUUUGCAAUUGGAUUGUGGCGUUUAUUUUCUUUUAACCCACCCUUUUUUGAUGACAGGCAUAUCAGUGCCUGCUUUAUGAUAUAUGUAAUUUUAGGGGGUCAGAUUGCAUAAUGUUACCAAAGAUUUUUGUAUUCUUUCAAAGUUUGUUCUAGUCUUGUCUGACCCCCUUAUAAUAUGUUUAUAUUUUGUUUUGCGUCAUUUACUUCAAUAAAUGACAUUUUUUCACUUUCACUACUGUUGUUAUUUUAAUUUUAAUCCAUCAAAAAACUAGCUCAGUUGACUUGGUUUCGGUCUUGCAUAAUAACAGAGGAACAUAAAUAAGUUAUUAUUAUUACAAUAAUAAUAUCCUUUUUGUGACAGAGUUAUAUUAACUAUAAUUGUUUUAUUUGUUAUAAUUUAUUUCUGAGGUAUCAUGUUUUAUUUGGUAACUGUAAAGUUGUUUCACGUUUAAAACUAUUUAGAUCGGGAUCAAUUACCUAAUUUUAAUCUAUGACACCAUUGUCUUAAUUUACAGCCAAUCAGCGUGGCUUCUCCUAAUCACGUGACCAUUGUUUUAUUUUUUACCAAAGGAGAAAGCCACACAAAUUUACAAGGAAAUUUUUUUAUCGAAAAACCCUCCAUCCAUCCCCCUUUCUUCCACCGUCUUAUAUUAUAUUUGUUAUAUAUGUACUUAUAUUAGUAUUCAUAUUUAUUUGUUUGGCGUUUAUUUUCUUUUAACCCACCCUUUUUUGAUGACAGGCAUAUCAGUGCCUGCUUUAUGAUAUAUGUAAUUUUAGGGGGUCAGAUUGCAUAAUAUGUUACCAAAGAUUUUUGUAUUCUUUCAAAGUUUGUUCUAGUCUUGUCUGACCCCCUUAUAAUAUGUUUAUAUUUUGUUUUGCGUCAUUUACUUCAAUAAAUGACAUUUUUUCACUUU